AUAUCAUUCCAGCUUAUGGUCUUCGUCCUAAAAAACUAAGACUUUCUGUUUCAGCCUAUUCUCUCAACCACCGCCUGUUGACGCAGCCCCUUCCUCUGAUAAGAACAUCGGGGCCGAGACAAGGGGAGGGAGAAAGAGAGAGAGACAGAUCUGCUGAAGCUCAGCAAAUUAUUCCUAUGGCGAGCUCAGAUGCAGCAACGUCGUCGGGAAGUGACUAUCAAGUUUUCUUGAGUUUUAGAGGGCCUGAUACUCGCGUUGGAUUCACUGACGUACUCUUCUAUAGCUUGACCGAUGCUGGAAUCUGCGUCUUUCGAGACGACGAAGAGCUCCGUGUUGGUGAAAGGAUUGAUGGAUCCCUUCUGCAAGCAAUCGACAACUCUAGGAUCUAUAUACCCAUCUUCUCUCGAAACUAUGCUUCGAGUCAGUGGUGCCUCCGUGAGCUCGCGCAGAUCGUGGCAAAUACAUUCAAAUCGGAAGGUAAUAAAGUGAUCCUACCUAUUUUCUUCGACGUCAAACCCGACGAUGUUAAACUGAAAACCCCGCUGUAUCGCGAUGCCAUACUCAAUUUGGAGCACGAGAAGAAGUUGAGCAACGAGCUAGUCAAUGCUUGGAGAGAGGCUCUCAUGGAGAUUGAUGCCAUCAAGGGAUGGGAAGUGAAGAAGUACAAAGGUCACGGGGAACUCAUCAGAAUGGUAGUUGAGGAGGUUGUUGAAAAGUUGAAAACAAAACAUAGAUCGGUGACUGAACAUUUUGUUGGAAUCGAUGAUCAAGUAGCAGCUAUAAGCAAAUUAUUAGACGUCAAUUCCAAUGGUGUGCGUCUAAUUAAGAUUCAUGGCAUGGGAGGUAUCGGUAAAACAACUCUUGCCAAGGUCGUGUUCAAUCAAUUCUCUUCUCAUUUUGGAAAGUGUUGUUGUUUCCUUGAAGAUGUUCGAGCGAAGUCAUCAAAAACCGAUGGCUUAGUUGACUUGCAAAGAAGAUUAUUAUCCGAAAUUGGCCAUCCUGCGGGAACAAGGAGCAUUAAUGAAAUAGAUUAUGGAAUGAAGAGGGCUGGAGAAGUACUUGGCAAUAAGAAAGUUCUCGUCGUACUUGAUGACGUUGACAGCAACGAACAAGUGGAGAAAUUAGUUGGAAAGACUAUUUUCUAUUCGGGAUCCAGAAUAUUGAUUACAACUAGAAAUAAAGAUGUAUUGCAAACCAAUGCACCAAAGUAUCAGAUUUUAGAUUAUGAAAUGGAGGUGAUGAGUACCGAUCAUGCACUUGAGCUUUUCAACAGGCACGCACUUAACAAAACCUCUCCUUUAGAUGAUUACAACGAUGUUUCAAGGAAAAUCGUAUAUGCUCUUGGGAGACUUCCGUUGGCUCUUGAGGUAAUUGGUUCAUCCCUUUACCACAAACCGCAAGAAAUAUGGAAUGAGACGUUGGAAAAGUUAAGAAAAGCACCUGCCAAUGAUGUUUUUGGAAAGUUGAAGAUCGGCUAUGAUGCCUUAUGUUUCGAGCAGCAACAAAUUUUCCUCGAUAUCGCAUGCUUUUUCAUCGAUAAAGAUAAGACGAAUGCAAUCUACAUGUGGAAAGAUUGUGGGUUUUUCCCGGAUACUGGAGUGGCUGUCCUUAUUAACAUGUCUUUGAUAAAGAUUGUGGAGGAAAAUAAGUCCUGGAUGCACGAUCAACUUAGAGAUCUUGAAAGGAAGAUUGUUCAUCAAGAAAAUCCAAUAAAUCCUAAGGAGCGGAGUAGGAUAUGGAUAUGGGACGAGGGCCUUGAAGCACUAAGAUCAAGGGAGAUGAACAAUAACGUUCAAGCACUAUCGCUUGAGGCAUAUGGCCGACAUCCCCAUAAUGUCAUCGUUCGAAGUGAAGAGAUUGAAAGGUUUGAACGUCUAAGAUUUCUCAAAUUAUCUGGUUUAACCCUUGUUGGCGAUGCAGCAAAUCAUCUUACCAAAUUAAGAUGGAUUUCUUUGAGUUCUCCUCCGCAAAUCAAUAAAUGGCCCACCAUGUCCCUAAAGAAUGUAGUUGUUCUUGAAUUUAAUGAGGUUGACUUCUUAGAUGAUUCGAGAUUACAAAGCUUAAUUAAGAUGGCAGCAAAAUUAAAAGUUCUUUCUCUUAAACUUUGUUGGAACAUAACUAGAACACCAGAUUUCUCUGGAUGCCCGAAUUUAGAGAGGCUUACUUUCGAAGAUUGUUCCAAAUUGAGGAAAAUUGACGGCUCUAUUGGGAAGUUGAAGUGUCUAAUAGACCUGAAGAUUCAUAACUGCAAUUCUCUUAAACAUUUGCCUGAAGAAAUCGGAGACUUAGUGAAUUUGCAGUAUUUCUUCGUAGCUUGUAGUGGAAUAAAGAAACUCCCAGGUUCCAUAUGGAAGAUGAAAUCAUUACGUGAGUUGCACUUUCAAGGCAAUAUUUAUGAGGAAUCAGAUCCAGCAAAUUCGUGGGAAUUACCUAGUGCUAUUGGAAUGCUCCAGAAUCUGGAAGUGCUUCAAGUCAAUAGUGGCUCUUUAAAAGGUGAACUUGCUUCGGGGAUCGGAAGUUUGCCCUUUCUAAGAAUCCUCAAUCUAUCAAGGACUGGUAUUACUGGAAUUCCAAAGAGCAUCAGCAUGCUUCCUCGACUGCAAAGAAUUGAGUUGGUGGAAUGCGAUAUGAUUCAAGAGCUGCCGACGCUCCCAACAAGUUUGACCCAUCUAGAAGUGUCAUCUAAAUCUUUGCUAGGAGUCCCGGAUCUCUCAAACUUGACUAAUUUGGUUGAAUUGGAUCUAAGUGAUGGUGGAGGUUAUGUGGAUGAUAGAUUUCCACCAGAAAAAGGAGUAGGAGAUAAACUUCUUCCUACCGGUGAGUUAGGGUGGAUUGGGAAGUUAUCCAAGCUGACCAAAUUGAGCAUCAGACUUCACAAAGUCCCUAUUCCUACGGAGAUGGCUUCCCUUCCUCUGCUAAACGAACUUGCUUUGUUCAAUUUGGACCUGCAAACCUUUCCGCAACUCCCCUUAUCUCUGCAAAAGCUAAGCCUUAAUAAUGUCAAUAUAGUUGGCUCACUCUCUCCGAACCUGAGAAAUUUGUCAUGUUUACACAUCCGUUGGUCUCCAACGCAAGAAAUUCAACUUGAUGGGCUUCAACUUCCACAGCUAGAGGAGUUGCUGGUGCGAGAUUGUGGAUACCUCGAGAGAUUGAGUCUAUCAAGAAUGAGGAAGCUGAGGGAAGUCAAGGUGUUCAAUUGUCCAAAGCUAGUUGAGAUCCAAUUUUCUGCGGUGUUCGAAUCACUGGAGGCAUUGUCUAUUGAAGUUUGCGACUCCUUCGAAAGGAUAGUUUACGAGUCUGCUGAUGAGUUGAUUAGUUGUGAGGGGAGACUAAUCUUCCCAUCUCGAGUCUUAAGUAAGUUGCGUAAUCUCGCACUGUUGGGAUGCCCUAAGAUACUCGGCAUUCAAGUCGUAGGUGCGUCGGAAUCGUGGGAAGUCUUCAAACUUUGGGAUUGUCCUAAUCUGCAAAGUCUCGGUGGUUUAGCAAACUUAAAGAACCUCAAGUCUUUGGAUAUCCGGUGGUGCGAGAGGCUACGGGUUGUCGAGGGCGUCGACGAGUUGGAAUUUCUGGGCCAAUUGGCGCUUUAUGGAUGCGGAUCGUUGGAAAGGUUGAUUGAAGUGUCAACCACCAAAUUGCCAAAUGAUUGCCAUGUAAGUAUCCGAAGAUGCAGGAGAUUACGUGGGAUUAAGAAAAGAUUCAUUGGCUCCGUCCAGUCCUUAAAGCAUUAUAAGGACUCACGCUUCAACUGGACUACAUGGUUUGGACGCUCGUGAAAUUUU